UUAAUAAUAAGUAACGAGUGUAACAUAAUUGGCAAUGAAUAGACCGAACAAAAACAUUCGCAUUUAUGAAUAAAUAAUUUUGCGGAGAUAUGCAACGACAAUGGAUGAUUGUAUUUGCUCAACUUGCCGUGCUCAAUUCAUUUCUUCUUGCCUCCGUAUGUGCAGCGGAGAACAAGUAUGGGACAAUAUCAGUGGAAGGACCAGCUUUUGUGAACAGGGAGGUAACACUGAAAGCGACACCGUUCUACCCUUGGGGAUGUGACGUAGAAUGGAAGUACAUGAAGGUCGGGGAAACAACAUUCCAAACAAUAACUGGGACAAAUAUUAAAAGAUACUCGGAGGAUGGGUCAUUCAUUUUAAAAUGGAAGGCUUCAAAUGAAUAUAAUGGAUCUACUUUCUACGCUGGAUGUUCAAAAAACCAAACAAUUAAAACAAGCAUGACAUCUAUAAAUUUUACAGAGAGACCAAGUUACCCAGUUCUCGGUCCAAAGUCCCCUGACUUUAAUACAACAGAAUGUAUCUAUGUUUACGAAAGCUCCGAAGUUUAUUGCCAGACUGAAAAUGGAACCGAACCUGUACAAGUUUUACUUCUAAUAGGACAGGUCUCAUAUGUUCUUUCUGAAAGCGAAGGAAACAAAGGGUCGUACCGACUCUACAACGCCUAUCAACAAAUGGCUGGAAUGUUAAGACAGAAUGUGACAUGCCAAGUUUCUUACUCAGCCCAAAAAACACAAUACGAAGUGCGCGGUAACUUAUGUAACGUAGAGACAGGUAGCCUGCCUUUUCUAACAGUUCCUGAAUUCCUUCAAAGAGAAAGCUCUUUAUAUGCCUGUGAGGUGCGAAAUGCUAUCCCAGCUCCGACAAUAGAAAUAUACGUUGACAAAGUCUUGCUAGGUGAUGUUCAACAAACUGAUACAUUUAAUGAAUCAUCUCAUACUUUUACAAGUUCAGCAAAGGUGACAAUGGCUAACAAAUUCUGGAAGGGACAAGAGGUGUGCUGUACCAGAAGCAACAGAUAUGAUUUUGGUCAAAAAGAAGUCUCAGUUUGCAAAAAUAUCAGUAUGAAAUAUCCGUCGUCGGAGAUUUCGAUGUCUGUAAACAAAAUACAUGAGUAUCACAACACGUUUUAUGUAUGUUUAUUAAACAUAUCUUGUGAAACAAAUGAAUCAAAUCCCCCUUGCACAAUUGAAUGGUCAAGUGACAUUGAUAGUUUAAGAAACGCUCGAAGGUACAACUGGACUUACGGUGACAGUGGGAGUUACCGUGUUGUUUCCAACGUGCUUCAAAGUUUUACUGAAGACAUGGUUGGAGGAACUAUUACCUGUUCAUCAAGAUGCCAUCAUUUCCCAUCUCGAUUAUAUAAAGACUAUAAAAUAUCUGUUUCAGAGUUUUUUAUGGAGACGGCUAUUAUAGACGGCUAUAUUAGUCCUAAAAUACUUAACUUAACUUGCCACAGUGGUGAAACAUGCAUACCAUGUACAAUUGUGUGGAGCAGCAACUCCGUCUAUCUUUACCCAAUAUCGACCUCACAAUGGACAAAGAACAGUGGCUCCGGCUAUACAGCUGUUUCAAAUGCUCUAUACUUCAUAACUAAUGAUGUGGACGGAAAACAGAUUCAGUGUUCUGCAAAAUGCGGGAACGAUUCAUCUGAUUCAAAACAUGAAACAUACACAAUUUCUUUUCAAGCUUUUCAAGGUUCGUUUGUUGCCAUUAUAUUUUAUAUUUCACUUAACAAUAUAGUUACAAAAAACUUUCCUAACCAAACUAAAUACCUGAGCAGGAACUGUUACCUAAUUGCAGAAUCAGCUACCAUCUAUGCAUCCGUUGUAACCCAACAAUGGCAUACGGCGGUCCUUUGUGCCUUAUCAGGAACCUUACUACUUGCACUGGUAACAAAGUUGACCGUGCUUCUCUUGCGUCGAUGCAAACCUCAUGCGUAUGAAAGGUUUCUACGUCGAAGAGGACCCGUAGCUAGCGAUCCUAGUAGACAUGUGUACGAUGUUGUUCAGUCUACUGUUGAGACAACUGCACUUCACGCUCUAAGAAUGACAUCUGCUAUUGCCCCUGACAACUUACACACACCUCAACUAUCGGUUAUGGCAGACAACCAAGUCCGCAACAACAGAAACGUAUGCCACUACGACUAUGUGGAUACCUCAUCCGUUCAACAAGACCAAACUACAGCGGCUGGAAAUUAUAUACACGCGAUAUAAAGCAACGAAUCUGACCGAUCAAAGCGUGUUAUUGUAAACACAACCAAUGUCCGCGUACUGUCACUCAUCCGAUACACCCCUGGUCUCAGAUUUUGCGUUGACUACAUGUCAACCAAAGAGGUUGCUUUCUAAGUCAUUUAGAUUACCUGAAGUAAAACCUUUUUGAUUAAGACGGGCUCGUUGCUACGCUCAUUUCACACAUUGUUAAUUUUCAAGACUAACGUCAAUUUAUCUAGUAACUAAUACACACAGUAUAAUUAAUAUUGAUUAAAAAUCAAUUGUACAUAACUAUUAUUAUUGUAAGAAUGUAUAAUUCAUAUUGCAAUAUAUGACUUGCAUUGUAUGUAUCGUGCGUCAUAUUGACGUAAUCUAAACAUACAUUUUGUAUAUAUUGAUACUGAAUAACUUUUCUUCUGCUUAUUCUUACAGAAUUUAUUAAUAAUUAGCGCAUGGACAUAGCUGCAAACAGAGUUGAGAAAAAAGAUACAGUCUAAACUCGCUAUGACGCUCUCUAUUAUCUCGAUUUUCUGGUUACGUCGAACUUAAUCCCUGUCCCGAAUUAAUUCAUUGUAUUUUUAUAUAAAACAAUUCCGCUUAUGUCGAUUUGUUUGUUAUGUCGAGAUCAUAUGUCAGUCCGUGUGGUCGAAUAACACACAUUUCCUUUACAACUGCGAACUGCAGAUCGAGCUGAAGGUGCGAAAUGUACAUGACGAAAAAAGCGUGCGGGUCAAAACAACACGUUGUAAAAAUUAAGUGCGAUUAGUUGUCGAUUGAUGUAUUUAAUGGAGAUACAUUUAUGACGACAUCAUGGGAAAACCCCACUAAGUUAAGAAAUAUAUCAUGAGGAAAUUUCUCUAAAACGUAUAUCAAAAAUAAUCAGGCAUAGCAGUCUAUCUUUAACUAUUGUAAAUGUAUCAUGUAUUUUAUAGUAUGUGUUUGUACUGUAGUGCUUGAAUGUUUGUGUUGUACUAUAUCAAAGAUGUGCUACGCU